AUGGAGCCGUCUGAAAUUUCAUCUAGAUUUGCUAGGACCCUCAAUCUGUUUCCGAAUGAGAAGGACCCGAACGAAGUACCCGAUUCCCAUGAUUUAGGUUUUUCAUCCUCUGAAAACCCUACAUCUUUCAGUGAAUCAGAUCAUAACAAAGAGGAUGAAGUUACUGUAGCCUUGCACAUUGGCCUUCCUGAAUACUCAGACGGCUCUGCGAAUUCCACUGAGAAGGAAGUAUCAGAUCACGAAAAUGUGACUGCAGAACAGAAGUACUGGAUUCCAACUCGGGAACAGAUCAUCAUUGGCUUCACUCAUUUUUCUUGCCAUGUCUGCUUCAAAACAUUUAACCGCUACAACAAUCUGCAGAUGCACAUGUGGGGGCAUGGAUCGCAGUAUCGAAGAGGACCGGAGUCCCUGAAGGGAACACAACCUCGAGCGAUGUUAGGCCUCCCAUGCUAUUGCUGUGCAGAAGGCUGCAAAAACAACAUAGACUACCCAAGAGCAAAACCCUUGAAAGACUUUCGAACACUUCAAACUCACUACAAGAGAAAGCAUGGCAUCAAACCUUUCAUGUGUAGGAAGUGUGGGAAGUUGCUGGCGGUGAAAGGUGAUUGGAGGACUCAUGAGAAGAAUUGUGGCAAGCGCUGGCUUUGCUCUUGUGGUUCAGAUUUCAAGCACAAGAGGUCGUUGAAAGAUCAUAUGAAGGCCUUUGGGUCUGGUCAUAGUCCUUUCCCUCCUACCUCUUUAGAUGAGGAUAGUACUGCAGCUUCGUUUGUUUAA